GUUUUCCUAAGACGAGAAGGAUUAGAUUAUAAGAGAGUUUUUUUUUUCUAUUUUUUUCCCGGAUAUUUAUACUCGACUUCUCUGUUUUUUCUUCUUAAAAUUAUUUUGUUGGUUUUUAUUGUUCGAGUUUCUGAGAAUUUUUGAUUUGUCGGGCUUCGAUUUUCGGGGUUCGAUAUUCUUCUUAGGCAAAAUUUUAUCGUUUUCUUCUGCGUAAAAUCAUGUCCGAUGGAUACUAUAGUUCGAAGAAGACGGACGAUAUCUGCGAAGAUGUUUGUGGACAGGACGGUUCUCGAGCAGGCAAGGCCUUGUCAAGGGUUAGAUGUGUUCUAAGGGGACUCGAUUUCAAGACAUAUAUCUUCUUCUUCACCAUUGUGCCGAUUUUCAUCUUUGGAGUGUAUCUUCACGGUCAGAAGCUCACAUAUUUCUUGAGACCGCUUUGGGAAUCGCCACCGAAGCCGUUUCAAACGCUUCCUCAUUACUACCACGAGAACGCUUCCAUGGAAACGCUCUGCAGUCUUCACGGCUGGAAACACAGAGAGUCUCCAAGAAGGGUUUUUGAUGCUGUGUUGUUCAGCAACGAGGUCGAUAUGCUCACCAUCCGUUGGAAAGAGCUGUAUCCUUACAUAACACAGUUUGUGGUUCUUGAAUCGAACUCGACUUUCACCGGUCUGCCUAAACCAUUGGUUUUCGCUGGAAACCGGGGCCGGUUCAAGUUCGUUGAGCCGAGGCUGACUUAUGGGAACAUCGGAGGAAGAUUCAAGAAAGGUGAAAACCCGUUUGUGGAAGAAGCGUACCAGAGGAUCGCACUGGAUCAGCUGAUAAGACUCGCGGGUAUUGAAGAAGACGAUCUUUUGAUAAUGUCUGACGUUGAUGAGAUUCCAAGCGCUCAUACCAUCAAUCUGCUUAGAUGGUGCGAUGGAUACCCACCGAUUCUGCAUCUUCAGUUGAAAAACUACUUGUACUCGUUCGAGUAUUUCGUCGACAACAAAAGCUGGAGAGCUUCGAUUCAUCAGUACAAGCCAGGGAAAACAAGAUACGCUCAUUUCCGACAAGGCAACACUCUUUUAGCAGAUUCUGGUUGGCAUUGCAGUUUCUGUUUCAGGCACAUCAGCGAGUUUGUAUUCAAGAUGAAAGCAUACAGCCACAACGACAGGGUUAGGUUCUCUCAUUAUCUGAACCCGAAGAGAAUCCAAGAUCUGAUAUGUAGAGGAACUGAUCUGUUCGAUAUGCUUCCGGAAGAGUAUACAUUCAGGGAGAUUAUCGGAAAGUUAGGUCCUAUCCCUCGGUCUUAUUCCGCAGUUCAUCUCCCAGCUCAUCUCAUCGAAAAGGCUGAGAGUUACAAAUACUUAUUACCUGGAAACUGCAUAAGAGAAGGUGGCUGAUUAAGUGUAUUUGUUCUUUAUCAGUCUUUUGUUAGUCGUUAGGCACAGGGCCGUGCCCCAUGAAAAUGGAAACACUCGCCUACAGGCUUUGUGAAUAUAAUUUUUUUUUUCUUUGAGAUUUAUUUUGAGAAAUUGAAAUUUUUAGUUAUAGUUGAAUACACUUAUUCUAG